GUGCGCGAGAGCUGGGGAGAAGCUAACCGCAGCGCGAAACCGGGCUGAGCUCUGAAAGCGAGCGGAGAGUCGACUAUUUGAUAAAGAUUUAAACAUGUCGAAGAAGCAGAUCUACUAUUCUGACAAAUACACAGACGAGGAAUAUGAAUACAGGCACGUGAUGCUUCCCAAGCAAAUGUCCAAGCUGGUGCCGACGUCCCACCUGAUGUCCGAGGAGGAGUGGCGCAGCCUGGGUGUGCAGCAGAGCCAGGGCUGGAUACACUACAUGAUCCACAAGCCAGAGCCGCACAUCCUGCUGUUCCGAAGGCCUCUCCCGAAAGAGUGAAAGAGGAGAAGACGGCGGGACUCCCAUUUUCAUCCCAUUAUUCUUCACACCAAAACUGCCAUCAAGAACCUGGGCAAACGUGUGUCUGCGCACGUGUGCGUAUGGCUUUGUAUGGUGGCUGUUUUGAGUUGACAUUAGGCCUAACUGUAAUCUUUGUAAACCCACGCGAUGAAAAGCCUGACAGACUGGGAGAAUAUCCAAGACCUGACUCCCGAGGCCAGCAGAGCGGGGUGGGUGUGGCGUGCAGGGAGCUCCUUCUGCAGGAAACAUCCAGCUGGGCGCAGACAUUUCAUUCCCUCUGCUGGCCGCCUGGGCUCAGAGCGUCGCCCGCGGCAGCCUGCGCUGCUCAAGUCAGCCCCUCGGUUUGAAUGGGGGCACUGCGGAUCUGGGUCUCCCGAUGGCUGCUACUGCCAGACUCGAGUGCUCUCCUAACUGGGCAGAAGCCACCUGCGCCUGCUGGUGAGCUCUCUGGGCCCAGGGCUGUCCAGCCCUGCUGCUGCUGCUGUCCCGAGCACCUGCUGCGUUUCAAUUCAGCCUGACUGGGCUAAUAACUUCAUUAGUGCUUCCAGGACAAUUCUAUAUAUAUAGAAAUUCCUCAUGUCAAAGCUUCAGAACUGAAAAUCAAAUUCUAAUUGGGGUUUCAUUAAAUUAACGAGCCCAGCUGGAAUAGGACCCAGCAGAGGCCUGAACUGGGAAGCCCUGCAUUAAACAGUAGUACUGGACUCUGUGAAUGAGUGCAGUAGAAAAGAGUUCAUAUUAUUUAUUACUCAUUUUGUUCAAUCUUGAGAAUGUAUCAUUAGGAAUGGAUCCUUUUCCCAAGACAGUGCCUGGAGGUCCCAAGUAUAUCUAUUGCAUUGGAUUUCUUUUAGUAAAAAUCUAAAAGUUUUUCAUUUUGUUUUCAGUGGGCGUGGAUCUGGCAAUUGCUGGAGUCAGGUUUCACUUUUAUGCUUAAUUUAGCGAUAUUGAAAGUGCACCAUGGAGGUCACAGGACGCUGUAGUCUUCACAAAGCCGAAAAAGAAAUGCUUCUUUUUCUACUGCUUGUUGUUCUAUUAUAGCUACUCUGUAGUCCAGUAUUCUCCUGUUUUCUGUAACGGAGCAGUUAUUGUCGACUCUACAGGGGAUACUUUAAAUAGUGCAGUUAGCGAAUAGCUGCAGAGGUGUUAAAUUCCACAGCCCGCACCAGUGUUUAAAUCUGUAGCCACUGCGGCACUUCUGAAUCUAAGACGGUUGCUAAAGCAGAAGGGCUUGACCAAGGGUGCAGAUCUGACCUCUUUAUUUCGCAGUCCGCAUUUUUGACAUAUCCUGUAGCUGUUGAGAGCUCCACCACGAGUUUUGCAAAAAGGACAAUGACUGUUACAAUUCACUUGGUUGACCGUCCUCCCCCGGUUAAUGCUUGGAAACCCAUGUUUGCUUCAGUUCCACUUUGGUGUGAUUUGUCUGUACCAAUCCGUCUUCGCAAUUGUAUUUUAAAUCUUUCUAUUUUAUUUUUACCCCCAUUGUUCUCCAAUACCUUUUUUUAUUUAUUUGAAUACUGGAACAUGUUCUUCAAAUCUA